AUGCCUUUCAGAGCUAUGGAUACAUUAACCGUGACAAUCAAGCACGCAAAAAAUCUUGAGGCUGCUGAUCUUAAUGGAUUUUCUUAUGUGAUUGUACAAGCAAAAUCAGCCAUUGAUGAUGAAAGAUUUGACGAUAUAAUGAAGGAAACAGCUAAGGAAUGGAGACAAAAAACAAGCGUCAAAAAAAAGACCUUAAAUCCCGAAUGGAAUGAGGAUAAAACAUUCCACAGUUUAUUGUAUCUUGACACUGGCUUGGGAAUCAAGUUAAAGUUUGAAGUUUAUGAUUGGGAUUUAUUGUCUAAGGAUGAUCCUAUUGGACAAGCUGAAAUUCUACUUGAUGGUGAUAAACUUGAGCAUGAUAGGGAAUAUUCAGAGGUCCUUGAAUUAACUGAUUGUAAAUCGGGAACACUGUAUAUCAGUUACAAGAUUUGGAGUUAUGAACAAGAUAGAGUUGAUAAGGAAUUUAACUUUAUUUCCCCAUUCCAAUCUGGUUUUGCUGAAAUUUGUACCCCAAGACAAUUUUCUCUCAUCUCUUCAAGUGAAGAAACCGAUGCGCAUAAUGCAGUUUUUGCAGAUAUGAAGAGAGCUGAAGUAUUAUUGACCAAGUUUAUUCCAUUCGAUAGCAAUGCCAAGUUUGCAGAUAUUGCCAAGCAAGUGAGUGACCAAAAGAUUAGUGACAUGAAAAAGGAAUACUCCAAGGUGGAAGUUAAGAGUAAGAAUGAACAUGUUAACCCAGAUCCUCAUUGUAGAAACAAAUUAAUUACCAAUAUUAUGGAGUACAUUCUCUUACUUGAAAAGAAGGGAGGAAUAAGGAUGUGGGGAACUUUCCGUAUUGUUUCUCAUUCAAAUGGAAAACUAGGACUAUACAUUUAUAUUGAACCACAAGAUGCACUUCAUAGUAUUUUGAGAAUGGGUGAAGCUGAAGUUGCCAGAGUUUCAGAAAAUACCCUCUUUCUCUAG